AUGGUGUUCUCUGUAGUAGUUCCAAGGGGUUGGUUUACUUUUGGUCAUGCUGCUCAGUUAGUAGAGCACCUGGAUGUGAUAAGCUACAUGGAGAAGGCUUUUGGUGUCAAUAGCUUGAUCAGUCAAGUGGAUAACGGAAACCCAGCACAGCAGCAACCAACACUAGUAUCAAAAUCUACUUCGCUUCCCAACAAUUCGACAAUUCUUGAUUCUUGUACUUCUGACUGUGUUAGUGAUGCAAAUACUUUAGAAAAUUCUUUAUCUAGAACUGUAUCAGACGAAGCACUUGAAGAAGAAUCAUUGCAGUUAUUAUCUUCUCUUGAUAUUGGUGGACAGAACCUUCGGAGGCCUGGCCUCCCAUAUUAUAAUGAUCUUCUCAGGACACAAGCUGAGGGGCCCCUAUCAGCCAUUGAUCUGAGGCUUAAGCUGCAUUUUUACAAGGUUCGGUUUUUGCUACUCAUCAGGAAUCUUAAGGCUGCCAAGCGUGAAGUUAAGUUGGCUAUGAACAUUGCUCGUGGCGAAGAUUACACCACGGCUCUCUAUUUGAAGUCACAGCUUGAAUAUGCUCGAGGGAACCAUAGCAAAGCAAUUAAGCUUUUGAUGGCAUCUAGUAGCCGCACGGAAACAGGAAUUUCUAGCAUGUACUACAACAAUAUCGGUUGCAUAUAUUACCGACUUGGGAAGCAUCACACUUCAGGUGUAUUCUUUUCUAAAGCACUAAAUAGCAGCUCACUCAUACGGAAGGAAAAACCUCUGAAGCUCAUGACUUUUUCACAGGAUAAAUCCCUUUUUAUAACAUAUAAUUGUGGUGUGCAUCAGUUGACUUGUGGGAAACCUUUCCAUGCUGCUCGAUGCUUCAAGCAGGCCAGUCUAAUUUUUAACAACAGACCUGUUUUAUGGCUACGAAUUGCUGAGUGUUGUAUAAUGGCACUAGAAAAGGGACUAAUCCAAUCCAUAUCCUCCACAUCUGAUAGACCUGAUAUCAGGGUUAAUGUUAUUGGAAAGGGAAAAUGGAGGCAACUUGCAGUGAAAAAUGGAAUCCUGACCAAUGAUGAGCAGGUAACUGUUCGAAAGGAAGAUUUGUUUUCUGGGAACAGCAAAAUGUCUGAUCUCUCGAUUUCUCUUGCCCGACAGUGUCUUGUCAAUGCUUUGCAUUUAAUGAACUGUUCUGAAGAAAAUUUUUCUAGGCCUGGUUUUGAGGAGAGUGAAUCAAGAGAAACACCAUUUUCUCCUGGCACAAACCACAAGAAUAUAGCUAGUGGUGAUCCCAUGACAUCUGAUGUAGCAUCUGACUCAAGUCAGAUUGAUGCAAAUGGUGAAAUGAAAGAGCAAAAAGGUGGAAGCAGUCAGAAUACACAGUUACAGAACUUCGUUUCUGACUAUGAAGAAUUUUGUGCAAAGGAGAAUGAUAUGAUAAAGCAAGCAGUAUUUGCUGAUUUGGCAUAUGUAGAGCUGGCGAUGGGAAAUCCCCUGAAGGCCUUAACAAUAGCAAGAUCUCUCCUAAAACUGCCCCAUUGCUCAAGAAUAUACACGUUUCUUGGAAGAGUGUAUGCAGCUGAGGCUUUAUGCCUACUUAACCAGCCUAAGGAAGCUGCUGAGCAUUUGAUCAUGUAUUUGUCUGGUAACAACUCUGUGGAGCUCCCAUACAGCCAAGAGGAUUGCGAAAAGUGGAGAGUAGAAAAAGUGAUGGAUAGUGAAGAGUCAAAUGGUGCCUCGCCACUGGAUGAAUUGCAAGUACCAUUUUUCUCCACACCUAUAGAGGCUCAGGGAAUUCUGUACGCAAACUAUGCUGCCAACUAUGCAUUGCUGGGAGACAUCGAAAGGGCCUACCAAUUUGUGGUAAAAGCACUAUCCAUAAUACCUAGCUGUAAACAGGCUAUUCUUACCGCAAUUUAUCUGGAUCUUAAGCUCGGGAAGGCACAAGAAGCUGUUGCCAAGUUGAAAAGGUAUACCGGUGUUAGGUAUCUUUCUUGCAGUACGACAUUGCAAGGCUGUUCAUGA